GAAACUAUCGAGUACACCGGUGCUCUUGAUUUUGCACGUCGGAAAAAGUUACUCCGUUCGGAGUAUGCGAACGGCGAAAUGGUGGUCGCUGAUAAACGUAGGUAUUUGAUAGUCUCCACGGCGGGACAUUUUUUCAACGCGUCCGUGCGUCAUGACGACGAGGACGUCGAGGAUCGUGAGAUCCUCGAUCAUUUCUUGGAGCAAUCGUCGUGCAGGACCCUGUGUGCCAGACCGAUCGAAGAGAAUCAGGAACAAGUCCGAUUGAAACUGAGCACGGAGCUGUCUGCUGGUAAAAACACGCUGGUCUUCUUCAAGGUGACAGCGGCUGCGGUCACUGAAGAGAACUUUCACGACGUAGUCCAGGUAGCUUCAAUCGGCUGCGGGGACGGAUCGGUGCUGAUCGAAGGUCUCCGUCAAGUAUGGGCGCCAACUCUCCGCUCGUCCGGAUUAAGCGUAUCGUACUUGAAGAAGCUGGAAGAGAAAUUACUCAAUUCCGGAUUCUCGACCAGCGUCGCGGAGGAAGAAGAAUUCUGGCGGAGAAGACGGGACGAGGUGAAGCGUUCACACGAGAAGACAGUUUGCGAGGAAGCAGCUAAGUCACUGAAGAAUAUUAGGGUCGAGCUCGAGAGUGCAGCUGUGUCAAGAGAUGGGCUGUUGGCUGUGGAAGAGGCUUGCGAGACCAUUUCGGUGUUCGCGGAUGAUCUGUGGAAACUAGGAGGACCGGCUUAUACAGAGGAACGGAUGAAGUCGCUCCUCGAUGUAAUCGGUAACGAGAUGGUCGAGUUGGUGCAGAAUUAUCUCGAUGCGGUCGACGCAAUCGAUUCUCGUGCGAAGGACGAGACGAUCGCGUUCGGGGCGACGGUAUGCGAGAAAUGGAUAAAUGCUACUCAGAAACUGACGGAGCUGUUCUGGCCGCAUCACUCGCUUCAUCCUUGGCGUGGGCCGGUCUUCGUGCCAGGGAGAUGCUCGAAGCUUGGCAAAAGACUCAGGCAAACUUCCGAGUUGCGUGCACAGUAUCGGCAAUUGAGCAGACUUUUGACGUCGAGUGAAAGAUCCGGACUCGGUAUCGAGAAGUUGCUGCAAGUUUUGGACGACAGGAAAGUCGCGCUGAGCGACGAUGAACGUGACGACGAGUGGAAUCGAUUGAAACUGAAGAUCGAAGAAGGCUUGGUGCCGGCUGAGGAACGCGUCGCUCAAAAGCUGAAGGAUCACAUCGCCGACGCUGACACUCCGAGUUCCUUGGUGACUGAAUUCGAGAGAUAUAGCGAGCUGAUGAAGAGGGAAGGCCUCAAAAGGGCUUUACGUGGAGAACGAGAGUCACUGCUCUCAGCAUACCGCGAUCUAAUCGAGAGUCGCUCGGCUGGUCCCGACACGGAAAACCUCCUGGAUACUCCCAAAGUGUUACAAGAAAUUCAAGCUGCUCGAUCCGCGGAAGUACGAUUAGAAAGUUUGGCUAAAUUAGGAAAAGAGUUGCUAGCUGAUCUCCCGGGCUACGAAGAUGUGGCAGCGCAAUUAUCGAACGCACUGGAAAAUGUCGAAGAGAAGAAACGAGACUUGGUUGAGUCAUGGGUGAACAAUACCAAGAACGAGAUAGCCAAGAAAGAGUUAAGUCUGGGCACCGAUUCGCCGGUGGUUGAACUUACCGGUACCAGCAUGAUGCGGGUGACCUAUGACCCUCGACUGAUGACCAUGAUCAGAGAAGCUAGAGCCUUGUCCGGCGAAGGAGUCGAGCUACCGAGGGAGAUCAGAGAACUGGUGGACAGAGCUGGGUCCUUGGCCGGGCGAGCUAGAGCUCUUCAGCAGGUCGCUACCUUCCACAACACGAUCGGUGAUCGAAUGGUGCCUUCUCAGAGACCACUCAUGUUGACAGUAGCUCUCGAAUUAGCGCGAGCCGUUCAGGAACAAUCAGGUGUCGUAUGGUCUGAUCCUCACCUCGUCGACGUAUACACCACUCGAUUGAAGGAGUUGGUUACAAAGUUCGCUCGACAGAACUCGGAAUUGAUCUCGAAGCACUCCAUGUUACGGGACUACGUGUCGAACCUGUUGAAAGGCGAUGCUGUGCAUCUCGUCGGGAAUCAGAACAUCUGGAAGGAGACGCUGACGAGCAUGAGAGCGAUCGUCGACGCGGUGGACGCGGAAUACGGUAACGCAAAGGCUUGGAAGCUACACUGGGAUCGACAGCUUCUGAAGGCGCUGGGUGUAGCAUAUAGAAACUCUUUACCGUCCUUGUCGAGAAAGCUGCCUGAGCUUCGAGUAGAGCUCACUUUUCGCGAUGGGUCCUUACAAUGGAGACCACCUUUUGAGGACAUUCGCGCCAAGUUAUAUUCCGGUAUUCGCCGAUCGCUUUCCAUUCCGAUCUACUUUAGGGGCGUAGGAGACGUCAGUGAUGCGCACUUCGGCGAUCUAGUGCCGAAGAACGCGUAUCUCUUCAGCGGUGUGUACAAGCAGAUUGAAAUCGCCCUGUCCACCCUCGAAUUGUUCAGGAUCAAGUGGCUAAAUUUAGCGACGCCCGCCAAUAUCGACGUGGGAGAACGAUUGAAAGGCAAACCUCCUCAAGAGUGGGCGAGAGCUUUCAAGGAAGCCAAGCAAUGGGCUCAAGAGGUGGGAAAACUGCGAGGUAAUGACGUGAAGAUCCUGUGCAUCUGCGUAGACACCGCGACGACGAGGAACGACUUAGAGACGGCGUCUCGUCGUUACUGGGAACGCCUGUGCUCCGACUUAAGGGCGGAAGCGUCUUCGCGGCUGGUGGCUAUAGUGGAUUUCCUGUCCUUCGCGUCCAAAGAGCUGGAACGCAGACCACGAGACGUGGAAGAGGUUGGGUUAGCUCAUGAAGCACAUGCUCGUAUCGAGCAACAAUCGGCAGGCAUAGCUGAAGAGAUGGAAGCCGUUGCUGUGCUCGCCAAAGUUAUGGCUGCGUGGACCAGCGAGAAGCUCGACGGCGUUAACGCAGCUCACGCCGCCUGGCAGGAUUUGGGUGAUCGCUUGGAAAAGCAUAAAACCGUUAUGGCACGUCUAGUGGAAGAUGCCAAAGUGAACCUUCGUCACAAGGCGGUAGCGUUGAGGGACGAGAGAGAAAGGUGGCAGGCCAAGUGGUCUGCGAGGUCGGAAAACAUGUCGCUCGACUGGCUUCUAUCGAUGAAGGAGCGUUGGAUCAAUCUAAAUGAACAACUGGAUUCUUUAAAAGCGGAUUGCAAGAGAAUAACUCUGGAGCUUGAAACUGUCUUGGGAGAAGACGACAUUAAUUUAUCGCAGUUAGAACGAGAAUUAGAAGCCGAGGAGUCGAAUUAUAGGUUCCAAGCCGAGUUUCUGGAAGAGCUGAAGAAUCAGGAAAUUGAGGAGUGGGCCGUAGCCAGGAGAAGACUACCGAGACUCCACGAUUGGCUUGAUUCAUGGGAAAGCAAGAUUCACUUACACGAUAACACAGAAACCGACCUAACCUUCACCGGUAGAAAGAUAAACGAGGUUCGAUCUGCAAUCGAAUCUAUUCAGUUGCUUCGGGGAGACGAGAUCGCAGACGAGCAUUGGACCGAGUUAAUACCUAUACUCGGUUUGAAAGUUGAGAAUCCACGUGACAUCACUUUGGGUCAUUUGCUUAGAGCUAAGAAGGCAUUAAUAGAAAAUGGGGAUCGAAUAAAAGAAAUAACAAAACGAGCAGUCGCGGAAUUAGGAAUUCGACAAGCGUUAAUGGACCUGGAGAUCUGGGAAGGUACCGCAGCACUUCCGUUGCAAGAAUCAACUGACAGCAAGAACAUGACCAUCCAACUUGUCGGAGAUUAUGGCAGUCUAUUAGCAAAGACAGAGGAACUGAUACUUCUAUUGGAAGGAGCAAAAGGUACGUCAGGACACGAUAGGUUCGCGUCUCGAGUCGCACGUUGGGAGGCAGCUUUGACAGAACUCGAAGAGAGAAUUAAGGUACUCAGUACUGUGCAGAGGAAGUGGAUUUAUCUGGAUCCGGUCUACGGGAGUGGAGCAGCUCCCAACGAUUCUGGACGAUGGUCGAGAGCUGACAAGGAAUUUAGACAUCUCAUGGGAGAUGUGUCACAAGAUCCUAGAGUGCCAUCCUUGAGACGUCUUCCGCUACCUGCCUUGAUAAAUUUGAAGGACCUGCUGGACAGAUGUCAGAAAAGUCUGGAUGAAUUUUUAGAGGAGAAACGAGCAACUUAUCCGAGGUUGUACUUUCUCAGCGACGAAGAUCUUCUCGAAUUGGUAUCAGCUAGGGGGAAAGGCUUGGAGGCUCAUCUGCCGAAGUUGUAUCACGGUAUCGGUUCAGUAAUAAAGGAGAAUAAUACAUUAACAGCGAUUGUGUCGCCAGAGGGAGAAACGUUGAAAUUACCGGAAGCUGUCGAUCUCACGGAAUCUUUGCCGCGAUGGCUAGAUAAUCUCGAGAAAGAAAUGCAGAAGGCUCUCCGUCUUAGUUUAGAGAAAUGUUUGAGCACUUCUACACCUGACCCGUCCAUUUAUCCCACUCAAGUAUUGCUGCUUUCGGAACGAAUACGAUUCACCGAACGCUGCGAGCAAGCUUUAAAAGAGGGUCGUGCAGCCUUGCAAAAGCUUGUUGAAUUUUUGGAGUCACAACGGGCGAGAUAUAGAGGUUUGGAAGACGCUGGUGACAAGCUAACUGCAUUGAAAGCACGGGGUCUUCUUUUGGACACUGUUCACCAUUUGCAAGUGGCCAGAACAUUACUGAAGACCGUGAUAACCGGCGAAAAUACCGGCUGGAUGUGGUACAAACAAUUGAGGAGUUACAAGACCAAUCAAGGUACGUACGUGAUACGAUGCGCUGGUGCGGAGUUACCUUACCGCUUCGAAUACCAAGGAGCGUCCAUCGGUUUGGUGAGGACUCCUUUGACGGAAAGGUGUUUCUUAGCUCUUACGCAAGCUAUGAAGCUUGGAUUAGGUGGGAGUCCAACGGGUCCCGCUGGAACUGGCAAAACCGAAAGCGUCAAAGCGUUAGCAUCCGUUUUAGGUAGACUGGUUCUCGUUUUUAAUUGCGAUGAGGGAAUGGACACUGGCAGUAUGAAGCGUAUCUUAGGUGGAUUGGCGCAGGCUGGUGCCUGGGGUUGCUUUGAUGAGUUCAAUCGUCUCGAAGAGGACACCCUGAGUGCGGUAGCGAUGUUGGUGAGGCCUCUUCAGGAAGCAAUACAGAACGGCUCGCCCGACAUUCUGCUGGGCGAUCAGAGAAUCAAGCUGGAUCCUCACUGUUGCAUCUUCAUCACGAUGAAUCCAGCCGGAAGCGAGUACGGAGGCCGGCGCAAACUACCGGACUCCUUGGCAAGACUUUUCCGACCAAUUAACAUGGCUCAUCCGGACAAAUCGGACAUCGUUAGGACUCUGUUGGAGUGCGCCGGAUUUUUAGAAGCUGCUACUCUUGGCAAACGGCUCGUCGAAGCUCUUGAAAUCGCCGAAACUAUACUUUCCGAGCAGCCGCAUUACGACUGGGGUCUCAGAUCGCUCAAAUCCGUAUUGGACGCGUUAGGUCCAGCUGCCGGUAUCGACGAGACUACCAGGCUUCUCAUUUCGAUCAAAGCGUCCACCCUUCCGAAGUUGACAGAAACAGACACGAUGAAAUUCAUGUCGUUGCUGAAUGAUCUCUUUCCGAACGUUAACCCUUCAUUAUCGGUCUCUACCGAGAGUGAAGACUUGGUCGCCGCGUUGUCGAAGAUCUGCGAGACUCGAGGGUUGACGAAAGAGAUCGUCAAUCGAUGCGUUCAACUAAACGAUCUGUUAAGAAGCAGGACCGGUGUUGCUAUAGUCGGUCCGCCCGGCAGCGGGAAAACGUCCAUCAGGUCGUGCUUGGCCGAAGCGAUGGCGAAAGUCGGCGAACCCGUACAGCAGAUCAUCGUUUAUCCAGGUGCGGUACCGAAAAGCAGAUUGUUGGGACACGUGAAUCCACGGACAAGAGAAUGGAAAGAGGGCGUUCUAUCGAGCGCGAUAUCGUCUGCUGGAGACACUGUGACCUGGAUAAUCUUCAACGGAGACGUGGAGCCUGAAUGGGCGGAAGCUCUAAACUCGGCUCUGGACGAUAAUCGACUACUGACAUUACCGAAUGGAAUAGGAGUUCGUCUUGGUAGCGGCACAAGGUUUAUUUUCGAGACUCACAAGCUCGCUGGUGCCAGCCCGGCUACGGUUUCGCGGCUGGGCGUUCUGCAUCUUGGAUCAACGAGAGCGACGUUCUUGUUGGCGCCAUGGCGAAUAGAGCAACUUUCACCAACAGCUGCGGAAAUUGCGAACGCUCAUUUAUGCUCAUGCAUGGACGAAACGCUGAAGAUUAACGUCGACGAGUCGUCUGCAUCUGGACUGAUGGACGCCGCCUUGUGUCAUCUUCGUAAGGCUCAAACGUUCGUACAAAGCACUCAAGUUCUUUUGCUCUCACUAUGCAGUCAAGUCAAAGAUCAAGAAUCCAGAAAUAAUCUGGCGAAAUUCAUCUACGAAUCGACCGAUAGCUGGUGUCCUGACCCACAAAAACCAAGCGCCGUUCUGUACGACAGUGAAACUGAUCGGCUGGAACCCUUCAAAGAUACAUAUGAGUCUAUCGACAGCGAUUACGGGCCUGUUUCGAUUUCAGAUCUUAUUAGAAAAGCUGUAGCAGCCAUUUUGCCGUGGAUAGAAGACGGUCAUCCGAUUAUGAUUCGCGGACCUGAAGGCUGCGGAAAGAACACUCUAAUCAAUGCUGCAUUGUGGACGAUUAAAAAUCAUGACAAUAUGACUGUAGUGAGAGCAUCUUCGCUUUACGGGUCCGAUAAUCUCGUGACUCGUCUGAAAAAGGCUUGUCUGCGCCUAGAGUCCUCUUCGCAGGGUAGAACGUACAAACCGAGAAGCGGAACUCGAUUGCUUAUCAUCUUGGAAGACAUGCAUCUUGCCGCUAAAGAUUUACAGGAGUUAGUAAGAGAGUUGCUUCAAGAGAAAGGAUUCCUCGAGGAAGAUCUUGAAUUCUCUAAAGUGUCUUUAACGAUCCUCUGUACCGCCGAUGUGACUACUCGGUUGCAUCCUAGGCUCGAAGCUUUAUUUGCAACUUAUUAUCUAGAAUAUCCGAGUCAAAAGGAUAUUGCAGCGAUCCUUGAGCUUCGCUUGAGAAACUCCUUGAAACAAGUUGACUUCAUUAUGGCGGAAUCUUGGAUCGCUCGAAUGAUGCCCAGCAUUUUGGAUGCUUUCCGAUUUGCCUGUUCCUCUCAGGAAUCGUCUAUCACUUGGACUCUCAAGGACAUUGUCUCUUGGGCAACACGCUUGAAUUAUUAUCCUAUUCCUGAAAGCGAGGCGGACAUUACUCGUUACUUAUUAGACAUCGGGCAUCGGCUUUUCCGUGCAAGAUUAACGCCCAAGGCACAGACACGGUGGGAGUCUCUGUUACUUUCAAAGGAGUCCGAGGUGAAGGAUUUCACUAACGACUUAUACGUGUGGAAGAAUGCAAACGUCGGUCUGUAUCCUUUGAGCGAAGAACAAUGGCGCGAAGAGGUGAUCAAUGUAGCAGCUAGAUGCGCUAGAGAAGGUCAAGAAGUGCAGGCACCAGUCUCGUCUUAUCUCUUGGAAACCGUAGCUGGACUCAGUUGGGCUGUAGGUUGCAAUUUCCGAGGUAUGAUCCUCAUCGGGCGACCAGGAGCGGGUAGAAGAUCAGCAGUUAAACUGGCCGCAACCUUCUCUUCCCUUCGGCUGAUUGACUCGGGACCUGACCGUGGUAGAGCAGCGAUAAAAAGCUCCGUGCAAGCUGCAGGUAUCGAGGGCCAGUCGACACUGCUCUUGCUAGAGGAAUGCCACGCCAGGGAAGAGAGCUUGGCCGUGUUGAUGAGCGCUAUCGUAUCCAAAGGGGAAGUUCCAGGUCUCUUCACGGCGGAUGAACUCGACGCGCUGGUCGCACCAUUGACCGAUCUCGCCCGAAGAGAAGAUUUCCAAGGAACACUGGAACACUACUUAUAUUAUCGUCUGCGUAAGUAUCUUCGGAUAGCAGUAAUCUUGGACUCGGAAGAGAUCGAAUCGUCGCAAUUGAUGCAUUUGGAUCUUCUUCGACACUGCACGCUGCUUGGUUCCGGGCCUGGCCCUGGUGAAUGGUGGUCUUGGGAGAACUCGUUGAUCAAACUGGCGAUUCAAGAAGGGACUCUGCAGCUGGAUGAGCUCGAGGAGCUAUCAGACGGCGCGAAAGUGAUGAUCGAGGCUCACCUGCAAGCACCUCGCCGUCAAAGGGCCCCGGCGAGGUUCUUAGCUCUGGUGCACACUUGGAAACACCUCCGCGAUAUAUGGAGCAAGGAAGUUGAAGGGAAACUGCAGACUCUCGAAGCGGGUAUCGGAAAGCUGAGAGAAGCCGGUGAACAGGUAGCCAAACUGGAAGAUGAAGUAUCGAGGCAGCGUCAGGAGCUUGAGGUGGAGAAAGGAAGAGCCAAUGCUGCUCUUGAGCAAAUCACUGCAACAAUGAGAGGAGCAACCAAUCAAAGAGGUGAGAUGACGAACUUGAAGACCAACACGGAACGAGAGAGCGUCGAACUCGCUCGACGUAAGGCGGAUAUAGAGAGCGAAUUAGGAAAGGUUGAACCCCUGGUGGAACAAGCUGCUCAAGCAGUAGCUGGCAUAAGUGCCGACGCUUUGGCUGAGGUUCGCUCACUGAGAGCACCUCCAGCACCAGUGAGAGACGUGCUCGAGGGCGUUCUUCGGCUAAUGGGCAUAAAGGACACGUCUUGGAACAGCAUGAAGACUUUCCUCGCGAAGCGAGGCAUUAAAGACGAGAUCAGAAAUUGGGAUGCGAGGCGUAGCACGUCCACCAGCUUGGAAGCGGUCGCCAAGCUGGUGAAGGAACGUCCGGAUAGUUUCGAGGAGAAAACGGCCAAGAGAGCGUCGGUAGCGGCUGCUCCUCUGGCAGCUUGGGUGUUGGCAAAUCUUCAAUAUGGUCAAAUAGUACAGCAAGUCGCUCCUCUGGAACGGGAACAGCGACAGUUAGCUGAGCGAUUAGCGGCGGCCGAGGCGCAAUUAGGGAAAUUGGCCGCCGGACUAAACACAGUAGAGAGCCGCGUGGCGCAGCUGCAGAAAGAACUUGCGGAACACACGAGGGGUGCAGCUGAACUACAAUUGCGAACCGAAUCCACCGAGGCCAGUCUAUCGACAGCUCGAGCUCUCUUGCAGAAGCUUGAUACUGAGCAUCGCGAUUGGGAAACUCAAUUCCAGGAAUUAACAGACAGGAAGGAAAGAUUAGAUGUCGAAGCGGCUAAUGCGGCGGCUCUACUCGUGUAUCAAGAUCCUGAAAAGGAUGAUAAUUGGAAGAGAUCGGCUAUGAAAUUGUUGGCAACCGAACGAGAGAGAUUAUUAUGGAGGGCACAGGGAUUACCGGCGGAUACGAGCAGCUUGGUUGCAGCCUCUCGCGUUUUGAAAGGUCCCUUGGUGCCCAUUUUCCUCGAUCCUUCGGGCGUAACGGUAUCCUGGAUUAAGCGCAGCUUUGGCUCCAGACUCGAGGUCACGCAACCUGAAAGCCCCAAGUUCCUCACGGCUUUGGAACUAGCGGUGCGCUUCGGGAAACCUCUUCUGGUCGAAGAACUGGUCGAUUUUCCGUCGACAUUACUGCCCCUUCUUCGCCGAAGGCCUCUCAGGCUGGGUGAUCGUGUCCUGCCGGCUCAACAAGGCUUCGAACUUUUUUUAGCUACCAGGAAGGAUAGAUUGGAAGAUAUUCCAAAGGAAGCUGAUGCUGUAUUAUGCGAGAUCACGCUUGGCACUGGUACAAAAAGCUUGGCGGAGAGAUUCGUGGAAAAGCUCCUAUUGAACGAGACUCCAGAGCUCGAAGUGCAAAGGAGAGAAGCUUUGGAGAGGGAGGAAAAAUUGUCCGGAGAACGAGACGCUGCCAGGUUGGAUCUACUAAGUCAGCUGGCUACAGCCAGAGGCCAGGAUCUUUUGCAAGAAUCUCAGGGACAAAGGCAAGGAGGACUUCUGUCUUCGCUGGAAGCGACGCAAUCCAAGGCGAAGGAGAUAGCCCUUGCUCUCGAGGAAAGCAGACAAAGUUUGAAAGAAGUCACGAGACGAGCCGAAGAUCACGAGAAGUUUGCGCAGUUUGCCGCUAAGGUUUACGAGAUUGUCAGCGAACUGACGCUUCUCAGCUCUUUAUACGUUAUUUCUACAGAAGCUUAUACGAACAUCUGUUUAAAGGCCGUGCAGGGUGAUUAUAAUGCAGCAAGUGAAGAUAGGGAGAAAAGAAAGUCACAGAGCGUAAUGGAGAAGCGCUUGAUAACUUUAACAUUCCAUCAUUGCGCCAAGGCGAUCUACAGAAAGCACAGGCUUCCUUUGGCUUUGCAUAUGGCAUUAUCCUUAAAUCCAGUUUCGGACGCUGAAAGGAAUCUUUUGUUCGACAACGGUGCUAUCAACAAUAGCGACAAUUCGGGUCUGGAGUUGCUCGACUGGGUGCCGGAUGAACGACGUGGAGCUGUGCAAGCCUUGAGUUCUUCUUUACCUGAGGUUGCCGUUAGAAUGAGAUCUUCCUGGCUAAAAGAUAUCUCCAACAUUUACGCAGACAAUGGACUCAGCGCCUUCCAAAAAGUCUUAGUCGUGAAGGCUCUGCGACCCGACUACUUGCACACUGCUCUUUCGAAACUGGCUGCAAGUCAAUUAGGUGUGAAGAAUCUGGCACCACCCUUGUGGACAUUGGGUUCUGUAGCUCAGGAGAAGGAAGCUUCGUACCCUGUGUUGUUGCUCUUAUCGCCCGGCGCCGAUCCUGGACCCGAAUUGAGUGCACUCGCUGCGAAACACGCUUCAUCAUCUGGAUUUACCGAAAUUUCUCUGGGUCAAGGACACAUUACUCAGGCCGAAUCGGCACUGGAGGCAGCAUGCAGGAAUGGCAGCUGGAUAUUAUUGAGCAACUUGCAGCUCGCUCUAAACUGGUUACCGCGAUUGGAAAGCCUGCUUCGUUCACCGAUGUGCACUGCGAGCAAAAGUCCUUCCACGAGGAUUUGGCUGUCCACCGAAGAGUGUUCGGGAUUUUAUCCGGGCUUAGCGGCACUCUGUCUAAAACUGGCGUAUGAACCUCCCGAGGGUGUGAAGAGGAACAUGAAGAAGUCGCUCCAGCAGCUUCGACAAGCGCAACCCAACGACGACGGUACGGUCGCUGUGAUGGUUCUCUCUUGGCUGCAUGCGACAUUGCAAGAACGACGAAAUUUCGUUCCUCAAGCUUGGAUCAGACCGUACGAGUGGAACGACUCGGAUCUCGAAGCAGCAUACGAAUUGGUGAUUAAGGAAAUGGUGAACGAAAAACGAUCGCAGCAAGGUGACUGGCAAGUAGGCCGAGGUUUACUCGACGUCGCAGUUUACGGCGGUCGUCUUCAGGAUGACUACGACGCGAGAGCGUUACGUUCGAUGAUACGUGACGCAUGGUCUAAAGACAUCUUCGAAGGUCGCAGGAAACUGGGAGGAGUGUUGAAAAUAACCGACGUGACUCUUAUCGAUCCGAUCAAAUCGUUGGAUAACCUGGAUGAUUCUGAUUCACCAAAGGAAUACUUCGGCCUUCCGGCUAAUGCCCACAGGGCAUGGGAAAGAGCUGCUGCGGAGGAAGCCUUGACUUAUCUCAAAGGCAUUUUAAUGAAACACCUCAGCGGCAACGAGGGAAGCAGUAAAGUAGAAAAACCAAGAGUUCAACAGGACCUAAAGGAAAUCAUCGACCGACAAUGUUCGUCGACGUUUACGUAUGAAACAGGUACUGUACGUGAAAACAAGAGAGAUCCAUUGCAGGACUUCUUCGUGGACGAGAUUGAUCAUAUGAAAAAAUUAUUGAACGUUAUACGGGCGGAUAUGAACGCAUUAUCUUUCGAAGAUAGCGAGACUCCCAAGCACUGGCUUACGGAAUGGCGAGCGGGGCCGAAGAAUGCUGUUCAAUUUGUCAAGGCACUUUUGUCCAAGUACGAAGCGCUGAAAACCUCACCGAUGAGUAUACCACGACGAGUCGAUCUGUCUCAAUUGUCUCGACCACGUGCUCUUCUAACUGCACUGAAGCAAUACACUGCGCGAGAAGUUGGUCAUCCGCUGGAAAUACUUCAGCUGCGUGCAAAUUGGAUCGAGAAUCGCGCGAACAGAGACUGGAAGGUAUCGCUUUCACUCGAAGGUCUACUUAUAUCAGGAGCUUCGAUCGAAGAAGGUGUGUUGAGGGACUUGGACGCAAACUCGCCGGCAGUCGCGGUCGCUCCGACGUGUCAAGUGGCGUUCGUGCCCGACGAAUAUUCGGAAGAUAAAUCCGGCGAUGAUAAUCCCCACGCCCUCGAAGACACGCAUCGAAAAGAUGAUCUGAGCAUACCGGUUUACACAAGUGUUCAACGAGAGACCCUAAUCUGCUCGUUACCAAUAGCAUGCCCGAGAGAGGAGCGCGACGCGUGGUUACGUCGUGGCGUCAUUCUGUAUCUAAGAUCUUAGCGCAAUCAUCUUCAAUCUCGGGGCCAAUGUUGAAGAUUCAGGAUGAGUCGCGAUCAGCGUAUGAAACGUUAAAGUAGAUCUCUUAUUAAGAUCUCAGAUGAAAAUUAUUAUGGAGGAGAGAGUCGAGAUAUGAAUAGCUUUAGAGCUAUAAGUGAUAGAGAACAAAGAUACAUAUUUUUCAAGUUUCAGAGAGAUACGAUAGAUACUCUUUUAUAAGUGCUUCUUUUCUUUUAAUUAUAGGUGG